AUGGCCGUGCCGCGGGAGCCGCCGCCCGCCCCGGCGCUGCCGCCCCCCGCCGCCGCCGCCGCCGCCGCUCCCCCGUCGUUCGGCGCGGCCCGGGCGCUGGCGGCGCGGCGCCACUCGUGCCUGGUGGCGGCGGCGCACCGGCGGCACGUGGCGCUGCCCCCGCGCUUCCUGGGCCGCAAGCGCUCCGGUAUCCGCGCGCAGCUGGACGCGGAGCUCCUGCGCUACUCCGAGAGCCUGCAGGGCGUGCCCGUGGCUUACGACAACAUCAAAGUGGUGGGGGAGCUCGGCGACAUCUACGACGACCAAGGAUUCGUCCACCUGAACGUCGAGGCGGACUUCGUCAUCUUCAGCCCCAAGAAGGGGAAGAAGCUGGUGGGUGUAAUUAAUAAAGUGGCCCCUAGUCAUAUUGGCUGCCUGAUACAUGGAUGUUUCAAUGCAUCUAUCCCUAAGCCUGAACAAAUGUCCAUUGUACAGUGGCAAGAGCUGGGAUUUAAAAUAGGAGAUGAACUGAAAUUUCAAGUGUUGCACUUGGAUUUUGAUACAGCUGGGGUGUUCUUCAUUCGUGGAGGACUUACUAAAAGCAGCAUGCAGCCCAAAAAAUCUAAUGCAGUCACUGAAAGUACAAAUGGGGAUGAAAUUCAAAAGCUUGACCAGCAGGAAAAUGGCUUGAAUAACUGUGGGGAAGAUAAUGUCACAGAAGAACCUUUAAAUGAGAUGGGUAACCUUGAGAGGGAAAAUGAAGAAGAGCAAAGCGUUGAUGCGGUGAAUGGAGUACGUGAUGAUAAAAAGAAGAAGAAGAAAAAGAAAAAGGACAAGCAUGGAGAACAGGAACUUGUAUUACCCACCAGUGACUCCAGUGGUUACCAAAGUGACCAUAAGAAGUCAAAGAAAAAGAAAAGAAAGCAUUGUGAUGAAGUUGAAGAAAGUGAAUUAUCUCAGUUGUCAGAGAAACCCAAAGCAAAAAAGAAAAGAACAAAAGUCUGAAGUGUCUUUCCUGUGUUAGAUUUCAGACGUUUUUGAUAAGUUUCAAUA